CAAGUUUAAAUUGGUAUUAUUCUCAAAUAGAUAUGAGAAUAUGGAAUAUUGCAGGUGAAACUAUGAAUAUUUCAAAAUCAGCACAUGCAGAUAUUAAUCAUGAAGGAAAAGAAUUAAACUUAUUAAAUGCAAUUAAAAA